GUGGGAGGAGGGAGGGGGAAGCUGGAGCUAAGGGGGAGAGAGCACAUUGUUUGAGAACAAAACCUGGAUCUAUAACACUGAAGUAUGGAUACAUCCAAUGCAUGAGAAACAUGGGCCCCUAAUACUAGUGCUGACAGCUUUCAGGUAAAAGAACUAGCACUCCAAAGUUCUUGGAAGCAUGGCUGCUUCACUGCCAGCGUAGCUGCUAGUGGUGAAUUUCUUCUCUAAAGUUACUUUUGUAAUGUCAGAGUCCCAGCAACUCACAGAACUACUCUUUCCUUCCUUCCUGUCACUUAAUCUGCUUCUGAGAUAAGAACCAUUUGUCUAACACUAAUAAUUAAUUUAAGACAGACAUGCAUUUGUGUGGUUGUAUUCCAAAUCAAUAAUUGACCUAUUUACAUCCUCAACGUGGAAAAGAUUUUAAGAACAAAUUCCCAUAUAAAAUUCACCUCCAGUCAAGACAAUUGACUUUUAAAUGUUUAAAAAAAAAAAGAACAAAAAAAAAAAAGAAAAAAGAAAAGAAUUCCAAACACUUAACACAUUCUGCUUCGUAACAAAAUAAAUUUAUGGAUAUGGUAUUUUGUGAAUGAUCUUUUAAAUAAAAGAAAACAUUAAGUAAUAUUUAACACUGGUCUUUAUUUGAGUCUGCUAUAGCUUGUGUCCAUCUCCCCCUCCAAAGUUCUUUAACACUGUAUUAAUUUGGAAGUAACAGACACUUAAAUAAGGGGGGGUUGGAAAGAAGGGGAGAAAUAUAAUGUAGACGAGUACCAGACUGUAGUACUAGACAAAGCUAGACUGUAGGAGACAGUGAAGUAAAAAUCACGUAGAAGAGGAAGCAAGCUCAAGUUUUGUCCUGUGGCUUCGAGUUCUGUUGCAAAGGCUGCAGGGCAGAAUUUGGAAGUAUUUAAGCUUGUACUUCCUAAAGCUCUUGGUGACGUUUCCCAGCAGCUGAGUUCUGCUGCUCUCUGAAAACGGUGCCCUGUGUGGUGAAGGGCAAAAUGUGUAUGCUUUGAGUUGGAGUAGUGCUUUUUAAUGUGGUGUGUUUGGUAAGGCAAAAUAAAUAGAUCAGCUUGCUGUUUUUCUGCCUGGUUUCUCCCAGCCUUACUUGAUCUGUUUCCUGCUGGAUGUAACUGUUAAUGAUGUUGUUGCCCUGUGUCUUUGAAGUAUAUGCAUACUGCAGGGUAAGUUAAAAGCCAUGUGUUUAGUUUUUAAUUGAAGAAAUGAGCUUUGGCCUUCCUACUGAUUUUACCGCUUUCCAUAGUAUGAAAUGAUGGGAAUUGUUUGUCUUCCAGCUGUUCAGUCUGCUCUGUAUCCUCAAACUUGCUAUCCUGACAGCUUGAGCAGAGGAUCCAAAUCCCUCUCACAAGUGACUUGCUGAGGCAGGCUGUACAAGCACUGACUGUCCUAUGUGGCUCAUCUCAGACGCAGAAGGGCUAAUUGGCUGGAGAUGGCAUCCUUCAGCUGCUUCCACAAGGCUUGCUCAUAGUUGAUCUUUCAAACGUUAUUAUGGUGGCAAUAAUUUCAUUACUCUGCAUGGGUUUUUUUUUGUAGAAGUAGCACUGAUUUGUGAGGGGAGGAAAAAAGCUCAUCCCAUUCAAGUUCUCUACCCGCUGACCUUUCACUCAUAAGUUCUCUACUAGUGAAAGCAGCCUCAUCCCAAAAUAGUCUGGUUUUAAUGGUUCAGAUACGUAAAUCUGCGUUGCUUGGUUUCCUUUGGGUUGUUCUACCUUAUGUCAACAGUUAAAAAAAAACUGUUUAAUUUCCAUAUGAUUGGGUUGUUUAAGUUCUGUAAGAGGAAACGAGAUGACUCCCAGCAGCAAAGAACAGCUCAAGCUGUAGUGCUUCCUUUCGCCUGCCCCUUAAGGCUUGACCUGGAAAGGCUCCUUAAGGCAACCUUAACCUUAAGGCAAAGCCUCGAGCAGGAGGUUGCUGCACUGGUAACAAGUGGGUAAAACACUUUGUGGCUCUUCGUGUUCUCACUGAGUAAUUUCUAGUAGCAGUGUAGAGCUGUUGGUUUCUUUUCCCAGCUUGAACUUAAAAAUAAAGAAAACUGUAAUCAGGAAGGCAGUAGUUUUGAUACUGAAAUGGAAUUAAACGGCACUGCUAUGCUGCUGCACAGAGAGCUUUGCGUUCCUCCAGUUUGGUUGCAGGUUGAAGAGGCUGCUGUGGUGUGCAUUUAAUGUGCUGCAAAGCUGUGCUGUCAACCACCAGCAGCAAGUAAGCACAGCUCCGUGCCUGGGGGUUGUCCCGAGAGCUGAACCACCACCCGUUAACUUAACAGCACCCCGGUGGGCGCUGUGUUGUGGUCGUAAGUGCUGUUCUGGUGGCUGAGGAGAUGGGUGGGGGAUGUUCAGCUGUUCAGAUAAUGAGCUGGUGGCUGAGUCCAGUGAAGCUGUGCCCUCGGGGCUGCCUGACUUCACUUUGUGAAGUGUCAGUGAGGUGGUAGAUACGCUGGUAUGACUGAGGAGCUGCUGUGCCGACACUGAAGUUCUGUUAGGUGCACUGCAGCUGGCUGUGGUUGAGAGUUCCAGCCUAGGCUCGCAGUCCUGGGGCCAUUAUGAGUGGUGCUGAUAUUUUUACAACCUGUCCUGUGAGUUCUGUUAUAGUUUCAAUAACGACUUUAGCACAUAGCCUGCUGGGAGCAUUGCUACCUGUAGUGAUAGCUGCUGGCUUUGUCUUAAGGCAGAUAAGGUCUUGAAAAUUUUAGAGCAAAUUCUAUUACAUUUUUUUUAAUCAUUUUUAAUACUUUAGUAAUCAAGCUGGUAAAUCUUGAAAAGCAUAUAUAACCACUUUGUCAGAGCAUGGUAAAUUUCACAGCUGCUCUUGUCCCACUGGCUGCUUUCAACAGGAGCUCUUUGCGGUGACUCCUCCAGGCCUGUCCACGUUCACCUUGGGUGAAUGUGCACUUUGAAGCCAGGUAUGGAUGGCUGAUUUUCUAACCUUGCAUCACUCCUUCUCUGUGUGUGGAAGUGCAUCUCAUGGUUGCUCAGAUGCUUUCAGCAAGAACGCAGUUGGUAAGCUUUCAUCCCAGGGCUCUGAAGGACUGAGGCUGUUGGUGUGCAUCCUGACGUGUCCCAGCACAGGGUCAGUCACCGCUGCAGUUCUCAGGCGUUCCUUCUGGAUUGGAUUUGUGGGAUGCAGUUUCAUAGGUGAUGGUUGUCUGAAAUGUUUAGAAGGAAGAAUUUCUGUGGCCGAAGGGGAAUUUGAUUUCCAGCUGAGACUGGAAUGUUCUAACCUGGUAGAAUCCCUCCUUGUGUAUGCCACUUAUCCCACUGCAAGAUUGCACGGAAUCAAGUAUAUUUGAAGCAGCAGAGGGUCAUCUUUCAGUGGGUACAUGCAUUUUACAUUUAUAUAUUCUGCAGUUUUGUUUUUCUGUGAUACUGUUUGCUAUAGUGAUAUUAAAGCAGGCUGAACGUGGGCAUUUAAAGCAGUGUAAUCAUAUCCGUUGACUUUGCUUUCUGAAACGGUUGGAUCCUGUAGUGACUCUCAAGCCUGGUGCACGUUAGUAAUAGCAAUGUCCUGCUGAUGUUCUGGGCCAACUGGAGAAAUGUCCUACCAAAGCUCCACGUGUGCAGCUUGCAGCUUUUCUGCUCCUCAGGGGCUGUGCAGGAGCCCUGCUGGUGUCUGCUCGCUGCUGUGCAAAGCUCAGAUGGACACAAGGAAUGGAGAUCAGGUUCUGGCUGCACAUGCAGUGUUAUGGUAUGCAUUCAGUGUCACAGUGUCGCUGUUAUUAGGUCACAGAUCACGUUCCUCAUGUUACUGUAGCUGUUCGGGUUACUCAAUCGAAAGCAUUUUAGGGUUUCCUGUUCCAUAGCUUUUUCCCUUGGCUGAAUGACUCUGUGGCUCUGCCUGCUCCUUGCGGGCUGAUUUUAACUUCAGCUUCCCUCGUUUCUGUCCCCAUUGCAGCAAAGUGUGUCCGAGGGCUUUAAGGACCUCCAGAUCUCUUACAGAAACACGCUGCUUACCUGUAAGUUCAUGCACUCUUGUGUAAAGCUCUACAGCACCCCAGGGUUGGUGUCAUUGCUGGGAACAUUGCUGGUUGCCACCUUGCUGCCCAGUAGGUUUCAGCCAGGUUAGUGUUCAUCGUGGCAGGGAUUUCCUUCCCACUAUGAGAUUGUUUUGUUAUGUCACCGUGCUCCCAAAAUCUGCCUCUUCCUUUUGAACAAACCAAAAAAAAAAUCACUGAGUACCUCUAUGAACCCCUGCAAAACCUGUACUGUAACGAACCUGUACGAUUUGUAUCGCUGUACAAAACUCCAAUAAAAGCAUUCAAACCUUCUAGGUUUUGUGUUCAAAUAGCAGAAUUAUUUUGUCUCCGUGGAUGAACUGAGCAGGAUGAGAAUGGGAGGAAGCCUUGAAGCAUCGCAGGGUUACUCAGGGUUGGUCUUUGCAAGCGUUGCUUGGGCAGGUUUUUGUCGAGCUCCUGGAGCUCAGAGCUGUGAGCUUCCUUUCCACUGGGUGGUAGCAGCAUGUAUCUGUGGCUGUCACAGAGCUGCUUUCGGUUUCAGCGUGGUGAGAUCGGAUUUGCAGCGGGGCGUGCAGCUGGGGCACGGUGGGAGGUGGCACUUCCCCUUUAGCAGAGGAAAUGCUCCUACAACUGCAGCUUAGAGGAAAGCUGCUGCUUGUCCUUCACAAAAAUGUGCUCGCGCUGCUUUAGCAGGACAGAAAACUUCCUCCAGGUUGUGACUUCCAUUAAAGCUGCCGUGAAAACCUAGCUGAGCUCAUGGUCAGAAUGAGGCACGUGCCUACUGUGGUCCCAGGGCUUUCGUUUCCACGCUGAUCCCUCACAGUGUUGAUAGCUCUUUGCUCACAAAGCCGAAUGAGCUUUGGGAAAGAGCCUGUAGAACUUUGCUCAGGAUUUGCAGCACAGGGCCUGCAGAACGUUCCUGCAGAACGCUGGGUUUGGGUCAUGCGUUGUUUUCUCAUCAUCGUUUCCCCAUUCAACGUUAGUCAUUAAAGCAGAUGCAGCUUGUCUGUGAUCAGAGCCCACCUUCGUCGGAGAGGGCAAUGGGACGGUAAGCUGGGGAGGCUAAAAACUGCAUUCCCACAGCCUCUCUGGGGCCCGAGGUCUUUCUACAGCUGCUCAGCUAUGUGUGAAAAAGGAGAAGAAAGAAGAGGGUUUGGUUGAGUUGGUGAAGCGGGCUGAAGGUAAGCGUUGGGUGUUUGCUCACAGGAGAAGGAGGGAAGCCGAGAUGGUUACGCUCUGGAAAAGGACAAAGACGGAGCUGUAGGGUGGCAUUUCACGUAAUUCAUUGCGGUGGGUGAAGGGAACGGAAGCUGGCCGGCUGUGUUAGGUCAGGAAGGACAUAGAAAUGGGCAUGAGAGCAGCAGUGCAAAAGGACUGAUGUCUUCGGAUGGCAUCCCUCUGCCCAGGGCUGCUGCAGUGAGGCUAGGACCACACUGCUGCUUUGAAUGGUUGCUUUGCUGUCCUUUGUGCUGCUCUUUGGGCACGGGGCAGCUUCCAUCUGCUCUACUGCAGCUGAGCAGUCGUUCCAGGGGACAAUCCAUGCGUAACGCAGGGCCUUUGCUGCAGCCCGUGGCAAUGUGGGGAUGUCCACACUGAGGCAGUCAUCUCUGAAGCUCUGGGACAGCUCAGGGGGCGGUAAGUGGGUAAACAGGACUGUUUUAGCACUGACUGUUCCUAAUAAAACUUCUGAUCUGAAAAGGAGGAACUGUAAUCACCUCCAGCACAUUCAGAGCGAUGUUUCUGCUAUAAGCAAUGCUUUUUUUUCUUAUGCUUGUUGUCAGCUUAUGUUCAAACAGAGAAAAGGCUGCUUGCAAACACCUCGUAAGCUGCCUCGUGGCAGAGGGCUCUGCUGGAAACGCCCAUAGUGUGGCAGCUGUGCUGGCAGGCAGAAGUGCUGCUCCCAUUGCAGCGCAUCCCUCACGCAGCCGUAAGCCAAACAAAUGAUCCAAGGCUGGGCCUUGCUCUCCUGCUCUGUGCUUCAGUGCUGCUUUUGAGAUAGCUCUCCAUGCUUGGAUUUCUCCUGGGAGCUGCUCUGGACGGCACAUGCAAUUCUUUUCGCGCCUCUGUUGUGCAUCAGAAUGAAGUGCAAACACCACUGCAUAGACUCAUGCAGCAGCCAGCUAUCUUGACAAGGCAAGGUUUCCUCUGACAGCCUGAUAACAAAGUUUCCCAUCCCAGAGAUGCAGAUUCAGAUGAUUUACAAAACAGAUGAUUGUUUUAUCGUCCUCCUGAUAGAAGAGUCACCAUCCGGGUAGGAGCGAGCUGGAUGCAGCUCACAGGUUGCAGCAUUGUGCCAGCUGCCCAGCUAACCUCAGCACAUUUCCCUGUACUGAAUCAUGUGUGUGAGUGGAGGGCCUGGUGCAGCUGCGCUGCUCUGUUUGCAGUUGUAGGACAGGUGCUGUGCUGGCUGUUGCACUCCGGUGGCUAUAAAUAACAGGGCUGCCGUGUGUUCAUCCUAUUCUUAGAGCAGGAUACGCAUCUCCUGCGCUGAGACGGGGCUUGGAGCCAGUAGGGCUAUCUAUGAAUCUCAUUCAUGAGCCCUCCUUCUUAGUUUCAAGUGCAAAAAUAAGGAAAUAAAAAAUCCCAAGCUACGUUUUUGGGGUUGGUUUUUGUUUCUUUAGGAGGGUGACAGAAUAGCACCAGCUGUUUGCACGCUGCCAGGCUGGAGCAGUAGGUGUGGGUUUGUUCUUACGGCGUUGGGUAGGAAUGGCUCUUGGUUGGCCCUCAGCUUGGCUGCUCACUUUGAUCUCCAUCUCCUCGCUGCCUUUCUGAGGCUCUGCCUCCCUUCUGCUCCCAGCGACACCCGGCACAACAGCAGCGAUCCCAGGGCGCUUUGCUGAGGCGCUUUGCUGGCGUAGGAUGUUUGGGGGCAUCAGCCCAACGCGGCCCUCGAGGGCUCCAGCGUUGUGCAUGGCUGCUGCCACGCAGCUCUUGCUAUCGGAGCCUCUUCCUCUGCCUGCAGCCGAUAAAAACGAACUGCUUCUGCUUCUGCGGGAGGUGAGCUCGUGCGAACCGGAGACGGGCUGACCGGCGGCCAGCGGCGGAUGUUGGGGUUAAUGAUUCAGAUGGGGGCAGGAAACCAGCAGCUGGCUAACGAUCCCCGGAGGAGCCGUCUCCAGCGCCCACACGAGGAGAUGGGACAGAAGGGGACGGCCGGCUGAGGCUGCGGGUAAGGUGGGCCGGGCUGAGCGCUGCGUGGGGUCCUGCAGAGGCGUGGGGACGGGCAGGUUGUCCCCCCCCCCGGUGGCGGUGAGCUCACAGAUCCCGGGCUGGAUCUCGGUGGCUGCUUUGAUGAGGGUUCGAGGUCAUCCCUACAAACUCUUUCCGAAGAGCUCCGUGCUGGAUGCUGCGCCCUGCUGCCGCUGCUCACGGCCAUCGUAUGCUGAGCUCCAAGGCUGGAUGUGGCUGGGCCAUGGCGCAGCCGGAGCUGCUGUGGGCGGCCGCUGGGCUGAUGCUGCUCGGGGUGGCUGUCAGUGCCUGCGUCAGGUGCCAGCUCUAUGCUACAAAGCGAGGAAAGGACGGCAGCCAGGGCAGCCGGCUGGAACGCCCGCAGCGCUUUGAGGUGAUCCGGUCCUGCUCUGCUGUGACCCGAAGGCCAGAACGGAUCAAGGAACCCGAAAACUUGGCGAGGAAAGCCCCCGAGGAGCUCAGCACCUCCUGUCACGUUGGCUUUGAGAGCAGUGCUGAGCCCCGCUACCAGAACUUCCUGACAGAGGACUGCCUGCAUGAGGAUGCUGCCUACGUGGAGCCUGUCCCGCUGGAUUACUACAGCCACAACAGGUUCUUCUCCCCACCCAACGAUGAGGACUCGCAUUCCUACCAAAACGUCAUCAUUGGGGAUCCUUGCAGCUCUGAGCUGGAUGAUGCAGAAGACUACGAGAACAGCACAGCGAUAGAAGUCUGGAAGGUGCAGCAAGCAAAAGCCAUGCUGUAUGCUGAGAGCCAGGAUGAGGAGCCAGACUACGUGAACACGGACCCUACGAUAGAUGCCGUUGUGCUGUCAAAGUGAAGGAGCUACGAGACUCACCGUUUCCACCCUCUGCUUUCAAGCGUUCUGCAUGAAGUCUGAAGCAGCCCUUUGCCGAGCUGGAGGAGCCCACCCAGCCACGUGCAUCGAGCGAGAGGCGUUUUCCAUCCCUCACUCACGUCUUUUCCCCAGAUUGUGCCCAGGAUCACACGGGACAGGUGUUGCUGAAAGGAAGAGAUGCUCUGCUUGAAGCCCUGACAUCCAACCACGCGACCGGAGGAAGAGCUCUGCCCAGCAGCAAAGCCUGCCCGAUGCACUCAGCAGCACCCACGGGCCCUGGUGCUGCCUGCCUUCCCUGCCUGCUGGAGGGAGCACGGCUGCUCUGUGCAAUGCUGUCUCCUGCCAAGCGUGAAAUGAUGCUUUAAAUUGCCGAGCGGCAGCGCAGCCAACUACUUAAUUUGUCAGGCUGACUCAUGCACGGCGGUAUUCAAAGGCAGGGAUUAGGUUUUGAUUGAGUUCCUACGCUCUCCUCCAGAAGCUGUUUCCUGCAGGAGAGGAGCUGGCAAGGCAGAGGUUGUUUCUACAGCAGCAGCGCUUCUCUGGAGCUCAAUGAGACACCAGACCGUUACAAAAGCUAAGGACUAAAGAGGAUUAAGCCCUCAUCUGCAGCUUGUAAUGCACAGUGUCUGUGGCAGUUCUCCUUGUGUUUCCUUAUCUGCUUUAUAACGAUACGAAGACGCUGCAGUGACUGAUGAGGUUCGAUCCACCACUGUCAGCCUCAGAAACUGCAGCACUGUGUGAGAUUUGGAACAUCAGUCCUGAAAUGUAACCCUCAUCUCUUGGGUUUGGCACCACCUCAGCACUUAUUUAUUAAAAUCGAGAAGCCCCCAAAGAAAA